AUGUCACAUGUGAGCGUCCGGACGCCAAUCAGUAUACUCCAAGAGGUCUGUGCAAAACGAGGAUUAUCGCCUGUUUUUGAGCUUGUGUCCAACGAAGGGCAGGUUCAUGACCCAAUAUACGUGUAUCAAUGUACAGCAGGAAGUAUUACUGCUGUCGCCAAAGGUGUGUGUAAUUUUGUGCUACCGUUAAACUGCAUAUACAGUUCGGAUGCUAACAAGGUCGUUCGUGAGCGACCGUUUUCGGAGUUAUAGCUCGGUCACACAUACGUUUUUACACUUUGCUCCAUCCAGAAUACGAUAUGCAUUAUUACUAAUGGAAUUUUAGUCGAACUCUAACACUUAUUGCUACCUGUAUCCGAGCCUUCAGGUUUAGCUGUAGCUGUGUCGGGACGGCGUAAAAAUGUCCUACUUGUGCAUCCUGCAGCUCUUCCACUGCCAACUUUGAUGUGUUUUUAGAGUUCACUUUCUUGGCCUCAUUGUUCGAUAAUGAGCGAACGCAACAUUAUCUUUCCAGACGUGCCUAGUUAAUUCCGUAAGAAUAAUGGUGUUCAGUAUGCGUUAAGGUACUGCUGUCUGGUGACGCGUCGAAAGUCUCUUCAAAACUACACCGUUGUUUGACCGGGGGGUGUGGGGAAGGGAGGGGCAGUUGCCUUCUUACUGUCGGCCACGCAGGAGACGUAUUUGCAUCAAAAUUAGUUCACCACUCCGUCUCUCCUACGCCUUUUGCUGUCGGUGGAAGCUUAUUCGCUUAGAGUCGUGAAGAAGUUCCUCAUCUCAGGACUAUAUGCGUAUCCUUGAAUUCCAUCUGUCUCGGUAGUCCACCAGUUAUUUUGUCUACAUCAGUCCUCUUAUAACCAAAGCAUCCACAAGCACGCGAGCGAGGUAGUACGAAUAAAAUGUAAUAGAACAACGCGAAUGGAGAAACACCCCAGAAUAGUACUUUAUUAAUCUUAUGAUUGACAUUUCAGAACCAAAAAGGGAAACAGAACAACAGUCAGUAAGAUGGAAUUCGGCAAGAACAUUGAGUCGCUGUGACAAGUCCUUGUUGUUUUUGCGGGUUUCUUUUGGUUCAUGUUGUUGUCGUAGAUCCUAUGCAAUUAAUUUUUCUCGGACAUCCGUCGUAUUUGGUCAUCGAGUCGGUUCUGGUAUUCUCACUGUGCCGGUGCGAAACUUCAGUAAGGGUGGUGUAACUGACUUUCCGCAAUCUACCAAGCUUGCUCGGCGUCUUCCUCCUUCAGGAUGUGCAGGUGACUUAAAUUAGUCUUCAGUUUGUUGCAGAUUUCCCGUGUUCAUUCAGCCGGACCCAGUGCGGCAGUGCCAUUUUCCCUUAAGGCUGUCUCCGCAGUUGACUUUGUAGCUUCAUUUUCGAGAAACCAACUUGGUGGCAGCGUUCAACGUCUCUCUCUGUUUUUGUCUCGACGAUCACUCCUAAUGAGCACGUAGUGAAGCAGUUGCCAUCGAUGAUCUUGAAAUUUUAUUUAUGCCGUCUUCUUAAGAUUGCGAAGCCGAGAGAUGGUGUUGGUGAUGAGAAACCCAUGUUCUGCGCAAGCACCCAUCAGAAAGAUCUCGUUGACGUUAAAGUGGCGUACUCUUUAACGACCAAACACUUCUUACUUGAUUGCGCGGUCUGUGCCUACUCGGGUUUUCAAUUCGCUGAAGCAAAUCAGUCCCUCUGCCUUUAGAACAGACCCGAGGGUGACUUGCAGACUCUCCUUGUCGUUACUUGUCAUGCCGGGAUGUGGACGCUUACAAUGAUAGCGUUGAUGUGGCGGCCGUCAAUUUCACGAGGGCAACAAGACAGCUUCUUGACGAGGUCGCUUUUUUGUGGCGAAGGCUACUCCAGCAUCACGGUCCUCCUCCUUAUGACAACCCGCCCGGAAACGUGUGCACAGCUACAAAUACCGCCACCAAUCCUAUUGUUGCUACCGCUUGUGCCUAUGGAACAGUUAAUGCCAAUUGUAUUGUUGCUCUGGGUAUCAGUACCAGUUUUGCCACGAGUGUCGCUAUUAUUAAUGCUAGUAGAAGUAAUGGCACUUCAGUGUAAGUGUAAGGAAGAUGUUCUAUGCCUGUCCGACAUAUUCAACUCAGUCAAUCAACGAUUCAGCUUUCUGACAUAUUACGUUGAAGUAGUUUGCUGCACAGGAAUGCUCAGGCAUCUGUGUAUUUGGGUCUUCGGAUUAGUAUUCUUUGUCUCCUUUCGCAUUUUUAACGCUUGUGUUCACAUACUUUUGGAGAAUAGGUCCUGUGAAAAUAGUACGUAGGAGUUGUCUUUUUCUUCGUUUGCCAAGCAACUUGGAAAUAGACUUUUUUCUCCUUUCGUACCAGAGAAUCCCACUUUCUGCCUCAAAUUAACUGUCGCACACCUCGGAAAACUAGGUAUAUAGACUGUCUUUCACCCACAGUGGCUUGCUGCGACCUUUUUUCUCGGAACUCAUCGAUAUCAGCAUGCCUAUUGUGCUUUCUUGUUGAUUAAACCAAUCUUGAUAAUGGAUCUUUUAAAGGCUGUAGUAAGAAAAAGGCAAAACACCAGGCCUCCUAUUUGGUGCUGCUCCAGCUGCUGGGCGCCAACCCUACAGCUCCACAUGAAAAGACUGCCCUUAGGGAUCUACGACUCGCCGCUGCUGCAACGCUUGGUUUGGACUACGGGUGCCCGCUAGAUGGCGGUGAAGUCGACUUCGCUGUUCGUGCUCCAGCGAUCGAUCCCAAGGUCAACAGCGUUGGUGAGCUGCAGGAGUACUGCCAGAAGAACAUGUGGCCAUCCCCGGUCUACGAGUUCAACGAAUGUCUUCCCAGUUUGACUGAUGGCUACAAGUACCAUUGUACAGUGAAACUGUGGAAGUGGAAGUGUUCCGGCUUCGGUGCGUCAAAAAAAGAAGCCAAAAGGAAGGCAGCUGCGGAUUUCCUAAAGGCGAUAAUAGACAAUUGCCUGUCCAUUCCGGUGGAGGAGUUGGAGGCGAUUGAAGAAGAUAAUUUACCACUGCUUGAAAAGAAGGACUUAAACUCUCUGAAAGACAGACAAAGCAACAACGAGAAAGCAGCAAAGUCCGUUCGCAAGCUGUUAUCUGGUGUUUUUACAAGUCGAGGCAAGCUUCCACAACUGAAUCUAGAAGGGAAGAUCGCCGGAGAUACGGACGUUUACAGGACGUUGGAUACCAUUUUGGAAAAGCACAAACUUACUGUGACCUAUUCAAUCGUUAAGUUGACAAAUUCGGGUAAGCUGUUGUUCUCUUUUGUGUUUGCUGUGUCUAUUCCAAUUAUACAUCUGCAAAAAACCAUCUUGUCGUUUGAUUCGCCAUUGUACUGUUUACUAUCUCUUCCCAAAAGCCGAAGAUAGAUCGAAGACCAUGCUGUCUUCACUCAUCUUUCCGAGUGAAAUACUUCUGACUUCUAACCGUUUAUGCCCAGUUUAUUUUCGGUUUCGUCGAGGACAGAUUCUCUUGCCAACUGAUGAACCUGCAGCCGCAGGUGACCAAAUUCGUAAAGCAUCGAUCGGGAUGUUAAAAUAUGGCUUCGAUUAGAAAGAAUUACUUGAAUAAGGUUUCAAUGUUCAUUGGCAUGCGACAUAACCCCGACGUGUGUUAUCCACGCCACGAUGUUGGCGUUCGGAUGUGCAGCUCGCCAUUGACUUUGGACGUCCCUAUAAAUCCAUACACAUUUUACGGAAGUUACACCAAAUCGCCCCCUUCUUAGCACCUCACUUUUCUAAACCCACUUUUGUACACUUUAUAAUUAAAAGAUAUGUUUGGGUUCAAGACCCUACUUGCCGCUGCACUUAUGUUUAGGGUUACCAAAUUGCACGCUGUUCACUUUCCACCUGAGUAAAAUUGCACAUUCAUGUUUUCUGUUAGAAAGGUGCCCUCGAGCGAUCGUAAAAUUUCGGUAAGUGCUAAGUAUAUGCGCGGGAUAAGGCAAAGCUAGCGAACUGCCCACCAUAUUUUUAAAAGUAGGUGUUGUUCGGCAGUCUCUGAUCGGCUCUUCGUCGGCAGGAUGACAUUCGCUGACCAGUAUCAUCCUGAGGAGUCUGUGCUGUUCAAAUGUUUACACUAGUUUAUUGUCUUGCACCUCACACACGUAGUUCUUUAGUAAGAGGAAAGCCAAUUUUAGAAAAAAAGUUUGGCACGGAGAUCAGUCAGGCAGUAAAAUAACAGUCGAAAUAUUGUUGAAUGGGAUGCAUACAUCUGUUACUUAAUCAGGAAUGUUAAACCGCUGGAGAAUUUGUUAAACAUCAGUUAGCAUCUUCCUACUCCACGCAUAUACUUAAUUCUUGCCAAAUUUUUUACGGCGGAUGUGGGUCACGUUUAUACUAAAGAAGAAGCAGUGUCCAGGUACGAUGCCAUUUGAAUAAACAUUUCACGGCCUUAAAAUUCUGCCCAGUAACAAACUUCCUGAGCCAAAAGAUGCCAUCUCCCAAAGUAGAAUAUUUAGUGAUGACGUCAGCCGUUGCGGGUAAUCGAUCCAGAGACCUUGAAAAGAAAUAGGAGUAUCUAGGACAGCAUGGGAAUUGUGGCUGCGGAGUUAGGUGUUGGAAUUGCACACCGCCCCAAAGCCACCAUGCACAAUAGGGUCAUGAAAAUCAAAGACCGGUUAAGACCUGAUGAGCAAUCUGGAGUAGUGUAUCGCAUUCCCUGUCAAAAUUGUCCUUGUAACUACACAGAACAGACUGGGCGCGUGCUCGGGUCGCGCAUACACGAACAUAAGCUGGCUGUGCGACGAGGCGACGCGCUAUCACAAGUGGCCGCUCACAUCUACGAAAUGGGUCACGAGUUUGACUUCGCAGCCACCAAAAUAGUCGCUCACGCCGGGAGCAAAACAGGCCGAGGAUUGAUUGAAGCCUGGGCCUCGGAUGAUAACCAUGUCAAUCGGUUUAUCGAUCUGGCGCCGGCGUACAGAGCCCUGCGUAGUCACCGCCGGUCUUGCGCCUGCGGUCGACGAUUGGCAUGCAUGCCUUAUAACUGUCGCUUGUUCUGCUGCUGCUGCUGCUACCUCUGACGAUGGACUCCUGUACGAGUCUGAAAGCUCAGGACAAUAAACGAAGUGUUCCGGUGCUCGACUCUUCUUCUUCAUUUAUGCAUGCAUCUGGAACUCGAAAUUUCGCCUUCAUUCGUGGAUUACAUCAAAUUCAAAAUUACGAUGUUUCAAGAAAUUUCAUAUACUUUGUCCGCCAGAAGGACCCUGUGAGCCAGUACAGCUACCUUAACAUACACCAGACAGAGUUAAACGAUACGUUUUGACCAGACACCUAGAACAGGCCCAUAAUAUAAGGCAUCAUUGUCAACUUUAGUAUGUGGAGACGGUUAGGAGACAAAGUCACCACUGAUCUGGAUAUAAAAGUACAAAUAAGACUGAGUUACUAUUAAGGCAGUUAAGACUUGCGCAGAAGUACAAAGUAGUUCACCACUUUUUUUAUUUUUCCCGGCCAAAUGCGGGAGGGAUUGCUAAAAUGGUACUAACAUGCUGCAGCUGCUUCACUUGCCCUAUUGCAUUAGUCCCCAGUGUGUUCUAAAUUUGACUAUUAUGUUUUGUGUUCACUUAAUUCUCACAUUUGUUUUGCGUCAAAUCAAUUUACGGUGACAUCUACGGCUGCUCUAGCUGUCAAUCGCGACUACAAAACAUUAGUUGGUAGGAUUGAUUAGCAAGUGCAAGUUUUACAAUUGGUUCGCCUUUUGGAAUUUUAGGAAAGGUUUACUGUCAGGCACAAUUGUCGACCAUUCCCCCCCAAGUCGUCGCCAGCCGUCCUUCUGCUACAGCUGAAGAAGCCCGCAUGGACGCAGCCUACCGGUGUAUCAUCUAUUUAAACAUUAUGACAAUGCCUGCGCCGCUUUUUAAUGACGCCUGGUUUCGUAAAUGGCCUUUGGAAGUUGGAAAAUGUUGA